AUGUUCUUCUAUUUAAAACUUUUUGCUUCUCUUCAUAAUUUAAAUGCAGAAAUAGAGUUGGGCGAUCUUAUUAAAACUCCUUACAAAACUACAAAAAGACUCUUCGUGCUUUGGAGAAAGUUUCUGUUCGUUAAUAUUGAAUUAUUUCCAACGACUUGUUUUUUCACUGAUAGGCAUGCCUAUUUAAUUAAUAAUAAUGAUACUAAUUUUAUCGGAUGGUCAGAUAAUACAUCCAUUGACUAA